UCUCCUGUAACUGCUCUGUUCGCAAUGGCAGCACAAGAUUUUAAUUUUCUUUUGGCCACGGAUUCAUACAAGAUAACACACUACAAGCAGUACCCUCCAGAUCUCAACAAGGUGUAUUCGUACUUUGAGUGUCGGCAGAAGAAGGGCCAACAGCAGUUCCAUGAAGUGGUGUUCUUCGGCCUGCAGUACCUCCUGAAGAAAUACAUCGCAGGGUGCGUGGUAACAGAGGAGAAGAUCCAGGAGGCGAAACUCUUUUACCAGAUGCACUUCAAACAGUCCGUGUUUGAUGAAGAGGGCUGGAGAAAAGUUUUGGAGAGAUACGACGGCCGUCUUCCAAUCCGCAUCAAAGCCGUUCCUGAGGGGAAAGUCAUUCCCAGAGGAAACGUCCUCUUCACAGUGGAGAACACUGACCCCGACUUCUACUGGCUGACCAACUUCGUAGAGACGAUGCUGGUCCAAAUGUGGUACCCCAUUACCGUGGCAACCAUGUCCAGGGAGUUCAAAAAGAUUUUGGCCAAGCAUCUGAAGGCCACGUCGGGAAGUUUCGAGGGCCUGGAGUAUAAGCUGCAUGAUUUCGGCUACAGGGGAGUCUCUUCGCAGGAGUCUGCAGCGUUGGGCGGAGCCGCUCACCUGGUGAACUUCUGCAGUACAGACACGGUAGCCGGACUGCUUAUGGCCCAGCGCUACUACAACUGCCCCAUGGCGGGUUUCUCCAUACCAGCUGCAGAACACAGCACCAUCAUCUCCUGGGGUCGGAGUCGAGAGAAGGAGGCGUACGAGCAUCUGCUGGACCAGUUCCCCACCGGCCCUGUAGCAGUGGUCAGCGACAGCUAUGACAUCUUCAAGGCCUGUAAGCACAUCUGGGGCGAUAAACUGAAGGAGAGAGUGAUGGAGCGCAGCGACGACUCCUCGCUCGUCAUCCGACCUGACUCCGGAGAUCCUACUGAAACACUGCUGGAGGUGAUCCGAAUUUUGGAGGAGCGUUUCGGCUGCUCUCUGAACUCUGUGGGCUACAAGGUUCUUCCAUCCUAUCUGCGCAUCAUUCAGGGAGACGGAAUUGAUCUCUGUUCCGUCGACAAGAUCCUGAAGAAGCUGAGCGACGAGGGCUGGAGUGCAGAGAACGUGUUUUUCGGUUGUGGAAGCGCCCUGCUGCAGAAACUCAACAGAGAUACGCUCAACUGUGCUUUUAAGUGCAGCUAUGUGGAGACUAAAGGCAAAGGGAUGGACGUGUAUAAGCAGCCGGUGACGGACCCGUCUAAAGGAUCGAAGCGCGGUCGUCUCUCCCUGAGGAGGAAUUCAGAUGGGCUGAUCGAGACCGUGGAGAGGGGCGCGGGCAAACCGGAAGAGGACAUGCUGGUGACUGUGUUCGAGAACGGGACCAUCGUAAAGGAGUACUCACUGGACGAGAUCCGGAAGAACGCUCGCCUGUGGGAGGAGGACCUGACCCCGGCACAGCACAACGAGGACCACAGCAACACACUCGACAUCCACCAGAAACACAUCAUGAACGGCGUGCACUAAUCCCAGCACCGGCCACCCACCGACGGACCAACCAAUUACCCCCGAUCCCAGUGAAUAUGCAGUCUGUAUUUACAGACUAGUAGUGUUAGAAGGAUUCUGAAUUCGGAUCUUACUCGUUUAUAGUUUUAGGUUUGGGUUGCCAGUCCUUUACAUUCUCUGCGUAAAUGCAAACAGCUUGUUUUAUUAACGUGGAAAGAUCUUUGCAGAGGAUGCACCGCUACGAUGUAACGGGUGGGGUGUAAAAUUAAAAAAGUAAUGCUGCUUGCCAACUGGUUAGCCUUAGAAAUCAGCAUUUCUAAUCUAAAUUCUAGCUUCUGGCUCACCAGUUGGUUUUUAAAAUGCUGCGGGCGCCCAUGAGAUGUAAAUAAGUGCAGUUUGAAGAAUUUUAUUUAAUUUGAAUCAUUUUUUAAACACUCAGACAUAGAAUAAAUAGAAUAAUAAACAGCAUGUGAUGAUCUACCUUUACCAACUUUUAUAAAAUGCCAAAUAUUACUGUUGGUGCUUGUUUCUUAUGGAGAAAAGAUACACCAGUAGAGUAUUAUCGGCAGGGUUCUUUUACCUAAGUUUGUGUGUCAUUUUUUUAAACACCGCAUCAGGACUAAGUGAAGGAAAUUCACAGGUUGGAAAUUUUCUCUUUUAUGCUGAUGUAGGAUUUUAAAAAUCAAUCUUCCAUGAAUACUGAACCUAUGCAUCUAUAAAUCUGAAAGGCUUUUUGUGGCCGUAUUAGAAAAGCAUCUCUCUGAAAUCAGUUUGCUAACCACGACAAGAUUGCAGAAAUGACCUCGCACUAAAAAACACUGGGAUGCUACUGCAGCAGCAGAUCCUCAAUUGCUGAGUUUCGCAGGUUCUCCUUUUUAGUUGGAUUGGCUGUCUAUAUCCAUAUUGCUCUAUCAAGGGCAGCACAAAAGAAGAGUUAAAUGUUCCACCCGCACUCUUUCAUAAUUAUUUAGUAUUUGAUGGUGAGGGGACGACUUAUGACACAUUGUUAUGACAUACUCUGUGACAUGAAACCUGCUGAAUGACUUUAAAGGCACACGGGAAAUCAGCAGUGCGAAUCUGUUAGUCACGGUAGAUUUACUGCAAAGAAAUAUGACCCUAAAAGUCUACCGUGUCUUUAAGAAACCACACCACACCCAAACCACAUAUUACAUACUAAGUAUUAUGUAAGAUUAUAAUCCUCGUACAAAUUUAGCUUACUGCUAGAUGUAGAAGUGUGAUUUGGGACACAGCCCUUAAUUUGUGAAUGUCAUCGCAGCACAAGAUGACUGAGGAAGUGUUUCGUUAUGAAACACACCGAGCUGCUUUGCUCUCAGUUGGGACGUGAUAAAGGAAGUUCCACUACGCCAACUGUUGCAAAAUCAGUGGGUGAUGCAAAGCAGCCUGGGUCCUGACGACAUGCACACUGGUCUGUGAGAAGAUUUGCGUCCUACAUCGCUUCUACUGUGUUUAAUUUAAAGAGCCAUGGACUGCUGACCUGUCCAGGACUUCUUUCUGCCUAGUGCCCGGUGUUUUUCAUGUGGUGGUCUCUGACCAGGAUGAAGCGGUCAGUGUGAAUGAUUAAAUGUAGCACCAUCAGUGAUUAGUGCUGUAAAAUAAAAGGCAUAAUGUACUACCAUGCUUGUCAUUAAAUACGAAUAUCACCUCUCUUGUGAUACAAGUCCAGCCAUUAAACAUUACGACUGCCAUCAUCACCAUUACUACCAACAGUAACAUGAAGUUUGUACCAGUAGACAGAUUUAUGAUGCACAGGAAUCAACCAUGCAGCAAAGGAUGUGAUUUUAAACACGAAGGUCUGAAAUCUAAGUCUAAGCCUUCCGUUUGUGUGUGUACUUGUUGAUCCACAAGAACACGCACUUAAAUCUAAAUAGAUACCAAAUAAACAUAUUUGGCUGGUAUAACUGGAAUUAUUCCAAUUUCCCAGGAUGUAAAAGUUCCUUUUGUUAAAUCUCUCAUCAGUGAGUUAAUGCUGCACAGAAAGGGACGUUUUCCUCCUGUUGCACUAAAUUUAUGAUCCAUUAAUGAUUCAUGGAAAUGAGAAAGAUGCAAGUGUGCCGUGUGUGUUCUGUGUACUCGUGUGUGUUUGUGUGUUAACCCUGUCGUUCACAAACUUCAGCCUGGUUUAUGCUUUACCAGUAGCGUGUCUGACUGCCUAAAGAACUUGGGCUAAAGAAGCGUGUGGCUUUUAUUUGGUCCAAAGAUAAACCACAGGCUAUAGCAAUACAUGAAAUAAUAAAAAUACACAUUUUAUUGACUGUUUAAAGCACCGUAUGAUUAUAAUCAGACCGUCAUGACAGAAUUAGAUGUGAUACUUGCAUGUGAUAAGGUGCAAUAAAUGAUUUCAGCAAAAUUGGUAAAAUUGGGUUUUGUAACUUUUACUUAUUUGUUGUUGUUUCUCUUGUUUACAAAGCCACUAAGCAUAUCUCAGCAUAUAUUAAACUGAUAAUCAAAACUAAUAAAUGUUAGUAGAUAUAUUUUUAGAAUUAAAAAUUAUCAGGAAUUACUGUCAGUACAUUUAAAAUAUAUUUUUUUACAGCAUAACUAAUCCGUAAACGCUGGCUCUGUCUAGAAACCGGUCUGUGUUGUGUUAACUGCAUUUAAAAGUAUAAACGCCUUUAUUUGUCAUAUAUACAGAUACACGUGUACAGUACAACUCGAUUCUUGUUUGGAAGCUGGGGUCAGCCAUUGUAGGGUGCCCCUGGAGCAGAGAGGGUUAAGGGUCUUGCUCAGAGGCCCAACAGUGGCUGCAUGGCAGAGCUGGGCUUCGAACUCUCAACCUUUUGAUUGAUAGCCCAAAGCUCUACCUACUAGGCUGCCACUUUCAAAUAUAUCCGUAUAUAUUCAAAAAUAUUAACACUCUUAAGUAAAAAAGUAACUUAAGAUGAUUCAGAAGCAUCAUAGCAUGGUGACCCAGAUGCUGCAUCCCAAACCACAUAAUAUUUUAUUUCUUCUUGUUUUUGUUUGUUUCGCUACUUGAAUUAGUUUACAUUUAAUCAUUAAAUAAUGAAACGCUUAUUUCAUGAUAAGAGCUUUCUCCGGGCACUCUGGUUUCCUUCCACCUUUUAACAAACGUGCAAAAGGUGGAUUGGCUGCUUUAAAUCAUCCCUAACCCUAACCAUGAGUGAUGCCCUGGAUUGUUUUUCUGUGUGAUUACAAACUCGCAACAACCUUGACCAGGGUUAAAUGGUUAAAUGGGAAUGGAAGCACCGUAAUGUUUUCCCAGUUCGCAUUACUGUCUGGUUUUCCCUCCUGAAGCGUUUAUCUGAAGCAUAACCCAGGCCCAUAACUCUCAACACUGCCUCAACAUCUCUGCAGUGAUUCUGAUGCUCUCUCACGUUCUCUCCCUUGCUCUAACCCUUCCUCUCUCGUCCACUCUGAUGCCGUUCUCAUUUCCUCCAUUAGACGCAUGAACGACCGCUUGUAAUUCGUCCUUUUGCCUUCGUCAGUGCAUCUACUGGCACAUGUGUCUGUCAAUCUGUCUGUCUAUCUGUCUGUCUCAGUGUAGACGUGUCUUUCCGUCUUCCAGUCAGACGCAGGUUGAGAAAUGCAGUGUUUGUGUGUGUGUGUGUUUGUCUGGUUGGUGGUCGUGGCCUGUUUCCAGUGUGAUUCUGAACAUUAGAUAUAUGAAGCAGAUCGACCCUACCUCUUUUUUCUAUUUCAAUAAUAACUGUUAGUAAUGGAUAGUAAUAGUUACCACACUAAAGCUGUGUAUGAUGCUGUUGUGUAAAUAAUUUUUGGAAAUUGUAGCAGUAAUAUUACCGCUGUUCGCCUCCUCUCACCCUUUCUGUUCAUUUUACUGUAUUGUUUUUACAAAACAGAUACUUAGUAUGAGAAAAGAAAUAAAUUCCUUUUGUUUCCUCA